UUUUUACUUAUUUUUGUAUUCCUUUACUUCCGCGGAGAGUGUCGAGAUCUAUAUAUAGGGGUGGCGAAGUGAGGUAUGUUUCAGUGUAACAACACUCGCACUCGGAUUCGGUUCUUGUUACUACUGCCAACCCUACACUAGCAACAUGGACACUGACGAUGAUCAGAAGAUGGCGAUGCUCCGCAAAGCCUUCCAGAUGUUUGAUACCACCAAGUCUGGAUACAUCGAUGUCCUGAAGAUCUCCACCAUCCUCAACACCAUGGGUCAGUUGUUCGACGACUCUGAACUCCAGGCUCUCAUCAGUGAAAAUGACCCCGAAGGUUCUGGCAAGAUCAACUUCGACGGGUUCUGCAACAUCGCCUCUCACUUCUUAGAGGAGGAAGAUGCUGAGGCCAUGCAACAGGAACUGAAGGAAGCUUUCAGGUUAUAUGACCGUGAAGGCAACGGCUACAUCACCACCUCCACCCUCAAGGAGAUCCUGGCUGCCCUUGAUGACAAACUGAGCAACGCUGACCUGGACGGCAUCAUCGCUGAGAUUGAUACUGACGGCUCUGGAACCGUCGAUUUCGAUGAAUUCAUGGAGAUGAUGACCGGCGACUAAGCAACUUGUCGUUACUUCCAUAGUAUUAAAAUUAUUGUUAUUAUUAGAUUUUUAUUAUUGUAUACUUUAAGAAGUUCAAGACUUCGAUAAUAGUACAAAACCAAUAUAUGCGGUAUUAGCAUGGUUGUAUUUAGCAAAAUUUUAAUUGAACUGUGUUUUAAUCUAUCUUAUAGAUAGGCACUUGUGUACUUUUGUUAUAUUUAGUCUACAGCGGUAGGCCAGGUUCGUUCUAAGGGAUUAUGUCCAGGAUAAUUCACACGUAACGAACGCAUUGUUAACAAUUUUAUGCUAAUAUUUAUAACGCAUCAACUCCAUUUGGACUACCUAUGUUGUAUUGAUUUACAAGGCAUACUUUUCACAAUAUAAUAAAAAGUUGUUAUAAGA